UCUGGCAGCAGCUACACUGUCCCAUGGCUUUCUUGGAGGAUGGGAACCACACUGCAGUGACAGAGUUCAUUUUAUUGGGCUUAACAGAUGACCCAGUCCUUAGAGUCGUCCUAUUCAUCAUCAUCCUGUGCAUCUACCUGGUGACUGUGUGUGGGAACCUCAGCACCAUUCUUCUCAUCAGAGUCUCUUCCCAGCUCCAUCAUCCCAUGUACUUUUUUCUCAGCCACUUGGCUUCUGCUGACAUAGGGUACUCAUCUUCUGUCACACCCAAUAUGCUUGCCAACUUCCUGGUGAAGAGAAGUACCAUUACCUACCUUGGAUGUGCCAUUCAGCUUGGAUCAGGUGCUUUCUUUGGAACAGUUGAGUGCUUUGUUCUGGCUGCUAUGGCUUAUGAUCGCUUCAUGGCAAUCUGUAGCCCAUUGCUUUAUUCCAUGAAGAUGUCCACACAAGUCUGUGUCCAGUUGCUUAUAGUAGCAUACAUAAGUGGUUUCCUUAAUGCCUCCUCCUUCACCCUUUCCUUCUUUUCUUUUCUCUUCUGUGGACCAAAUAGAAUCAAUCACUUUUUCUGUGAUUUUACUCCUUUAGUUGAACUCUCCUGUUCUGAUGACAGUGUCUCUAUUGUUCUUGCAACUAUUUCUGUUGGCACUGUCAUUGUGUUCACAGUGCUUGUCAUAGCUGUCUCCUAUACCUACAUCCUCAUCACCAUCCUGAAGAUGCGCUCCACUGAGGGUCGCCAGAAAGCCUUCUCCACCUGCACCUCCCACCUCACUGCAGUCACUCUCUUCUAUGGGACUGUCACAUUCAUUUAUGUGAUGCCCAAGUCCAGCUACUCCACUGACCAGAACAAGGUGUUGUCUGUGUUCUACAUGGUGGUGAUCCCCAUGUUGAACCCCCUUAUCUACAGCCUCAGGAAUAACGAGAUUAAGGGUGCUCUGAAGAGACAAUUUGGCAGGAAAAUAUUGUCUUAGAAACAUUUGUUACAUUGUAGGACUUGAU